AUGUCUCAUGCAGAAACUAACCCUCAUUUUAUAGUAAUUCAGCAGCGUGAAGGCCAACGUGCUCGGCCUCCAACUUCGUCUGGGAUAAAACUACCUAGUUCUAGUGGGGCACCAGUUAGUCCAGAUGCAGCACCUCUGAAUCGUCGGGACCAACGAAACCAGCCACUGGGGUCACGGGGAACAAGACAUCAAGGCGAUCGUUACAAGCCACAGCGUCCACGGGGAGGGGAACUGCAAGGCGAUGGCACAUUACAACCUCCACGGAAGCAAUCUGCCCCACGUCAAGAUCAAGAUCGUCAGCCUCAUGAUCCACAUUAUGGUGGUGCCGGUGGUGGAUACUCGACCCCUUGGUUGUUUCCACACCCUACGGAUGGAGCUCGCCCUGUUCAUGAUCCACAGCGUGAUGGCAGAUACCAUAGUCCGUGGAUACGUCUACCACACUAUCAAGGAGAAGAUCAACACCAUCGCCAACCUGCUCGACCACAGCAUCAAGGAGACGAUCAACACCAUCCCCAACUUGCUCGACCACAGCAUCAAGUAGAAGAGCAACACCAUCCCCAACUUGCUCGACCACAGCACCAAGAAGAAGAUCAACGCCAUCCCCAACUUGCUCGGCAGCCUGACAGUACCAGUGUCACAGAACCACAGCAUCAAGAAAAAGACCACUAUCCCCUCCACCCCCGUGAUUCUAGUCUUCAACCAGCACACCAACAGGAACGCCCUCGCCAAUCAAGCGGCUUGCGGACUCCAGCACCUCAGAAAACUAGGCCAAUAACAUGGUUAGCUGCAGCCGCAUGUGCCAUCUUCUGGAUAAUAAUUUUUCUAGCAGGACUAAUUGUGCUCAUUGUUUAUCUAGUGUAUCGCCCGCAUAGCCCACGGUUUGAGGUGCCCAGUGCCACCUUGAAUGCAGCCUUCAUUGAUGCUGGCUCUUUGCUGAAUGCUGAUAUCACCGUGCUAGCAAACUUCACCAAUCCAAAUAAGAAAGUGGACGUAGACUUCACUCACAUCAUCCUUGACCUGUAUUACGAGAAUACUCAUAUUGCUACUCAAUAUAUUGAGUCAUUUUCAGCAGCAAGGGCUGUCUCAACAUUUGCUUAUGUUCAUUUGGUAACUAGUCAGGUUCGGCUUCCCUCUAAGGAAAGCGUUCAACUCCAAGAGCAGAGUAAUAGAAACGGAAUCCUAUUGAACAUAAAAGGAGUAUUUAGGGUACGAUCUAAUCUGGGAAGUUUCCUCAGAUACUCUUAUCAUCUAUACGCUCAUUGCACCAUCAUGGUUUCUGCUCCUCCUAAUGGUGUCCUGCGAGCAACCAGAUGCAGAACAAAACGUUAAUGAAUGAUUUUGCACAAUCAUUUCUUUGCCAUAGCUUUUGCUUCCUUUUCAUUUUUGAACCUAUUCAUCACUUUAGAAUUAAAACACUUCAGCAGUUCAGCUUUA